AUGCUGACCACAGCCUGCAAACUCAUGGUUGCAUCGUCCUCCAAAUGGCAGCCUAUAGCCUUGCCGCAGACUGCAAAAUUUCCCACUUUUCUGUGGCAAUUCGGCCGCAGACUGUUCCUGUGGCAUAUACUGGUAUUCGGCGAGUCUGCAGCAAAACACCUGUAUGUGAAGAAGAAGGUACAAGAUUACCUUGCUCCAUCGCAAUUCGCCGCCUUUCAACAAGGGUUCAACAAAGUAUGUGACACCAGAGUUUUGGGUAUCUUUAGACCUGUCGAGUUAGAAGCCCUCGUUACUGGUGAGAAAUACUUCGAUUGGGUCGCCCUCGAGAAGUCUACACAGUACAAAGACCCCUACACAGACUCACAUUCAACCAUCAAGAUGUUUUGGGAAGUCUUUCACGCUCUAGACGAUGACCAGAAAAGGGAGUUUCUAGUAUUUGUGGCGGGGUCUGAUCGCGUACCGGUCGGUGGAUUGCAGAACCUCGGCCUCACCAUCGUUGAACUGAUCCCGGAAGAUGCCGUCGACAACUACGACGAUCUGUGUCUAAAGGUCCAUCGCUGCAACAAUGACAGGUAUAACCGCACACUGGAACUUCCUAUGCACACGAGUAAAGAGCUCGUCAAGGAUCGUUUAUUGGCCACCCUGUCGAUCUCUCUUCCAAACGGCCCAUUUCAUAUUGCCUAACGCUUGGGCGAAACCCCUUAACGCAUUCCCUACUGGAAACUGGUGGUUCCUAUAUUAAGCCAUUUGAAAUUUGGGAGUUCAGCAGUUAACGGGUUAAGGAUCGAUCAUAUAUGACGCAGCAAUCCGCUGUUAUUUUAUGAAUGUGUUUAUGAAUAUGGCAAAUACGGAUUAUAUAUUUCUGCGAGUGACAAAGGCCUGACGGGUACUCACUUUUUCUGAUCAAUAUGGGCGAAUUCCAAAUGUCUGAACGAUUCAAUUCUAGGAUAUAAAAAAAGUCAAUACGUAUUUGUAUUGGUUCUCGCUACAGAGAUUACAUCGCCCCUCGUUUUUUAAAUUAAAAAUCCUUUAUAUAAUAUUAUAUAUUUCUGCGAGUAACAAAGGCCUGACUGGUACUCACAUUUUCUGAUCAAUAUAGGCGAAUUCCAAAUGUCUGAACUAUUCAAUUCUAGGAUAUAAAAAAAGUCAAUACGUAUUUGUAUUGGUUCUCGCAACAGAGAUUACAUCGCCCCUUGUUUUUUAAAUUAAAUACCCUCAACAUUUCGGAUAUCACCUUUUAAAAGACUGCACUCUUUAUGUUUAGUCUUUGCCACUGCCAAUUGCCUCCUGCUUUGACUGCCCU